AUGUACCUACCAUUCUUUCUGAUCACUCUCUUUUUAAGUGGAUCCUUGGGGAUCUCAAUCCUUCGGCGACCGGAGUAUCAGACGGAUGACUAUUACACCUACGAGGAAAUCCAGGAGUUCUUAAAAGGCUUGGAAAAAAGCUAUAGUAAGCGAGUGAGGUUGACAGACAUUGGAAGGUCCUACGAGAAUCGAAAGCUGACCACGAUUACCAUCACAAAUGGAGAUGGUCGCAAGGACAAGAAUGUAAUCUUCAUAGAUGCCGGAUUUCAUGCCAGGGAGUGGCUCACCCACACAACCGCCUUAAAAGCUAUUAACGAACUGGUGGUGAAUUUCGAAGAGAAUAAGGAUCUUCUCAAGAACUACGACUGGAUUGUCCUUCCUCUGGUAAAUCCGGACGGAUACACAUUUACCCGAUCCGGAGAGAAGUUUACAAAUGAAACUAUCGUUUGCAAUUCGGAACGAGAUGUUAAGUGCUGGAGGAAGAAUAGACAACCCAAUGACGGAAAUUGCAUUGGCACCGAUCCCAAUCGAAAUUUCGCAAAGGGUUGGGGCGAAGGAGUUACCUCAAAUGAUCCGUGCAAUUUUACUUUUAUGGGUACUUCCCCAUUCUCGGCUCCGGAAUCCAAAGCAGUUGGAAAAGAAAUUUUAAGCCUAGCAAAUUCCAGACGAGGCAUAAUGUACCUAUCUUUUCAUUCCGCGAUUGGCAAUAUCAUGUAUCCAUGGAGUUAUGAUAGUAUCGAUGCUGAAAACGCCGAGGAACAUAUAGAAGUGGCCCAAUCUGCAGUGGAUGCCAUAGCCAAAGUUAAUUCUAUGGUUUCAUCAAAUUACUCAGUGAUUCCUGGAUAUAAAUUGUAUCCAGCCGGCGGAACGUCAAGUGACUUUGCCUAUGAUGUUGGCUUUCCGCUAUCUUAUACCGUGGAACUUCCGGAUUCAAGAGGCGAUUUGGUAUUUAAGUUCCAUCCACCAACGGAUCUCAUAAAGGAACUUGUGGAAGAAACUUGGAUUGGUCUGCGCGCGAUGGCAAAGAAAGUAAUCCAAUUGUAUCCAGUUAAACGUAGCUAACAAAUUGGUUGCUUUCAAGCCCACAAUUUUUCAGUUCUUAAACUUGGAAUAAAUAAAUAAAAAUGUUGUGACACUUAAAAAAAUA